CGCGCGCUUCAAACCCGGAUGGAUGACUUCACCGUUCUGCCUGGGUUUCCUUUAUGAUCCCGGGAUCUCCCACUUCCCUCACCAGACAUCAGCCAGCAACACAGGCGAACACAGCUCUCCUUCACUCUCACUCACACGCUGUCUCUGCCUGCAGCUGCAACACAUCCAGAGACCACAGAGAGACCACAACAACAGCCGGACCUCAGACGCUGGUGGCCCCUCAUCCACAUCGACUCUUACGCACAGAAAGGAUCCCAGCAGGAGAAACACUCCAGCCGCUGCAGCUUGCACACACAAAAACGGGAUCUACGGCUUUAUUGCGCACAUAAAGCCACCGAGGAAGACUUUUAUCCACUUUUUAUCUGCGCUGGUGAUCCUUCUCCGCCGUGCCACAAUGUCCGAGGUACUGCCAUACAACGAGGGGAAAAUGAGCGGCUACGGGGCGGACAGCGAGGUCAGUCAGAUGUCCUUUAGCUGCGGACUGCAGGACACAAACGCCUUUUUCGCUGCGUCGCAGGCGAAAAGACCCCCAAAGCUUGGACAGAUCGGCAGAGCCAAGCGAGUGGUCAUUGAGGACGACCGAAUAGACGAGGUCCUGAAGGGGAUGACAGAUAAGUCUUCACCCGGCGUUUAAACGUGAGCGAUGUCUUGCAGACUUUUUUAAUUUUGAUCACCGAUUUGAAGCACUUGUCGGCUGUGCAUGUUCGAGGAUUGCGGGAGAAAAAACGACGGCACGAAGCGAAGGAUGGUGUGACUGAGGAAAGGCAAUGAAAGAGGGGGGGAAAUGGAGAAGGCUAAAGGAAGAGAAAUGUGGAAGAAAGAGAUGAAGAAAGAAAUGAGAGAGAGAGAGAGACUCUGGAAAAGACCAAGAUUUAUCAUGGGAUUGCUGGCAAUUCUCCAAACGAAUCCCGAUUUUAACUACUGCUACGCAGCAAGAUGUUGAGAUGGCGGACCCCGCUCUGUGUCUCAACCUCUGCUGACUUUAAUGAUGGAUGAACUUGUCAUUACUUCACGACCAUCUCUUUUUAUUUUUCCUUUCCAACAGCGCUGUAAGCAACAAAAUACUGCAACUGGAGGCUGAAGCUAAAUCCCAGCCCCAUUUCAAUAAGUUGUACAGUACAGUAGGUAGGCUAAGCUCUCAGACGUCCCCCUUCCUCCCUCCCCUUCUUCCUCCCUCCUCCCCCUCCUUUAGGCUUUGCUUUGUUGAUUCAGUCAGCGACGGUGCAUUCAAGGGAGCUGUCCUUUCAGCACUGGUCCAAUGCAUUCCUGUUGCUGCUAACGCUUUUUUCAAAAACAGACCAACCAAACUCUCGAGUCUGCUAAAUAGAGGAGACCCAUUGUAUGUAAAAACAUAUAUCCGAGGAUGGUGCAAUGUUAAUAUUUUCUGUAGUAGAAGCCGUUUGUUUUUGGCCCUUAAAGAGCAUUAGGCCACUGAAUAAACCAGGCUACAUUCUUCUUCUUCUUCUUGCAUCACCCAUCAGUGGUUACAGGUGCAGCGUGGCACCUUCCCUUCAUGUAGCUGAGUUACACCUGCACAUAUCUUUAUUUCCCCUCUCCUUUUUUUAUUUUUUUAUUUUGCAUUUCAAAUGCUCCGAUAUCUACAGAGGCCAGCACAGAUGUGGAGAUUACAGUAAAUGUUUAAAAUAAUACUCAUGAAAUUGAUGGAAAAAAAAUUAUGCUUUCCAUAAAUUUGGUUAAUUUUCGCAGUAAUUCGUGUUUCGUCCUCUAUGAGUUUUUUUUUCUCCAUCUAUUUGCAUGAACUUUCACUCCGGUGCCAACGCAGGUGCCACUACUCUUACCCUGGCACGCUUCUUUUUAACAAAAGUCAUAUUUGUAUUUUUAUAUCUAAAUAUUUGUUAUUUAAAUGAUAUGCUAGUCUAUCGUCUUACAAUUCAUCAACAGAAAUAUUUCUACUUCAGAGAGGAUAUACAGAAUGAGACUAGGCUUCACGGAGGCGAAGCUUAGAUUUUGGGCGGACUGGUCUCAUUCUAUAUCAGAGGUCGGGUGUUUUUUAAAGACUAACUGAAUGUGUCUGGGGUUUUUGCACACAUCAAUGUUAAACUAUUAUUAAGAAAUCGUAUACUGUGACUUGAGCUUCGUUGAUGAAUUUGUUAGAAAAUGGCAGUUUUAGAGUAUAUUGCACUGUUUACGAGUAUCCUCAAAUAACAUGUUGUUAUUUGACCGAUUUUGGACAUUACAGUUUUUUGUUUUUUAAUUUUGUUUAUUUUGUACCAUUAUUUUAAAGAAACUGGAUAUGGUUUGUUGUGCAUGAAACCUUAAUAUUUUCAAUAAUGAAACAUCGUUUUAUGAAGCAAAAAAGCAACAAAAAUGUCAUGACAUUCUAAGAAUGAGUCAUUGUAUAUUAUGAUGCCAUUUUCACUGUAUUUGGUGAAUUAAUAAAUGGUGAAAGAACAUGGAAA